GUUCACUUCAAGCUCCUGCCACUGCUCCUGCCACUGCUCCUGCAACUGCUGCUGCCACUGCUGCUGCCCAGCCGUUAGGGUUAUUGCACACUCCGCAUGCUGCGAGGCCCGCCCCUAACCGCUUCUUACGCUCGCUUAUCCACCACAGGCCAGUUUUAGGUUUCCGGCUGACGCUUAUGUUUAUCCUUUUUCCAAGGCUCCCGUCUUUUCUUCGUCGGUUCUCGCGUAUAGCAGCUCGCGGUAUUUAACUAGCCUCUAUUCUCCUUGGUCGACUUUCAAUGUCUCUGGAAUGUUCCCGUAGACGCCUUUCCGACAAUUCGUUGACCUGUCCUUCACUUUCCUCCAGCCACCUCUGAAGCCGCGACGCCGCUCUAUGAUUUCUAUAUUGAGAAGGAAUAGUUAUUUAGCAUCCAAAGAAAGAAGCAAGCUGGCCUCGCGUUCGACCUUCGAAUUGCAGGUCAAGUAGUAAGAGGCGUUGGGUUCUUCCCAGAUAUUUACUGCUUUCGCCGUAUUUUUUAGCCCCCCCUGCUCUCUUGCCAGUUCGUCCAGCCGUGUAGUGACAGUGCGCAGCCGGAAAUGCUCAGUGACCCAUGUUCGUCGUAACUUCGCAGCAUUGAUCUAUUUUUAAAGCGCUAGCUUCUCUGUCGGCUUUCUUAAAGCUCCUCCCCCCCGGAGCGUUUCUAUCGCGUAUCAAUCAGGACCUGCAGUCACCACUAGCGGCUUCCCAUACCGUAACAGGGUAACCCGACGACAGCCAUGUCUGUGGAAGCUUUCGAGAAAUCUCCCGUCAUUCUUGCCGCAGCGUGACCUUUCACAGCUUCCGCUCAUCGCGGCGGAAAACACGGAGCCAAUCCCCGCAGCUAGUCUUCCGCAAUGGCCCCUGCGAAGCCGGCAGGAGGGGGGAGCGCAGGGGGAGGAGCAGCUUCGGAGAACCUUCCAGGUCUCAAAGCCGGCAAAGGCGGCGGCGGAGGAGGGGCGCAUGGCGGAAGCGGAGCUGGCGGAACCGGGGGAGUUCACGGGGGAGGGGGAGGGGGAGGGGGAGGCGGAAGCGGAGGCUUAGGGGGCGGAGGAGCAAUGGGGGAAAGAAGCGCGAUGGUUGGCGGAGGGCUUGGGGGAGGCGGAACAGGAACCAGCGGGUUUUCCAGCGCAGGCGCCAGCAUGGGGAUUAUUGGCGGAAGCACCAAUAAUAAUGGUCUCAGCGGUAGUGGCAAUGUCAGUGGUAUGGCCGGGGGCGGCAAUACCGGCGGUAUGAGCUGCGGCGGUGGUGGCGCUGGUGGGGGGAAGAUGGCAAACGGCAUAGGCGGCGGGCUUAACCCGCAAUCGUUUGGCGCGCAACCGUCGCUCCUAAGCAAUGGCGCGGCGUCGGGGGGGAGCUUCGAGGCGGAGAGAUUAAGGACGUACCGCAAGUGGUUCCACGAGCUGGACGCGCAGCGCAUGGAGUUAAUCUCCACCGGCACCAAGGGACCGACUCUUAAGCUACUGGAGUGCGAGAUCCGGUGUCUGGAGGAGCUCAUAAUGCUCGGCACAAAGCUCGGCGCGCUCUGCUGCACGCCCAUAGGGGGGGACGCGGGCAGGCUGAAUGCGCCAUCCGUCACUGCCGUUCCUGGAAAGGCGCGCCUAGGUAGUGGGGUGGAUUCCUGGCCGUCGGAUGAUCCGCUAUCUCCAGUGGACGGCCUGGAUCUCUCGCUGGUCACUGACAUGCUGCUCCUCUCUGCCACGUCACCAUGGACUGUCUACGUGGCAGACAGGACGAAUUGGCGGCUGUGCUACGUGUCUCCCAGCGUGCGUAGCAUGCUGGGGUGGCGGCAGGCGGAGCUGGUGGGCGAACAUGGCUUCGCUGGCUGCCAUGCGGACGACAUGGGCCAUGUGCAGCGGAUGGUGGACGAGCGUCGCUCCCCGCCCCCCAUGGGCCCCACCUCCGCUGCGUCGCGCCUCUUCCGCUCGGGGUCCGCUGGGAGCCCCAGGGGGGUGGGCGUGGGGGAUUCCCUGGGCAGCAGCCCGGGCGGCAGUGUGGGCGGCGGCUGCGUCUUCUACCGCAGGCUGAGACGGAACAGGAGUUAUGCGACUGUGCAGGCGACGGGAAGGGCGCUGGGUGCGAGGUGGUUUGCGUGGAUCGAGUUUGUCACCGACGACUCGUCAGCCCCCCUGUCUCUUGACAACUGGUCCCCAGAUUUAACAAUGUCGCCCACAACGCUGCUCUCCCCCAUGGAGUCUCCCUCCAGCCCACACAACAUCUCCUCCCUUAAGCGCCGCCCCGUGGGUAUUGGCACUAGCAGCCGAAGCGCCGCUGGCUUAAGUGGCGCCGGCUUAAGUGGGGGCGCUUUAAGUGGCGGUGCUUUAAGUGGCGGCAGCCUGGGCGGUGGGAGUUUAAGUACCGGCGGGCUGGGCGGCGGGGGUCUGAUUGCUGAUGACCUAGGGGGGUCCGGGGGUGUGGGUGUGGGUGGUGGCAGUGGUGGUAGUAUAAUCAACAGUUUAUCUCUAACUCGCGCUCGAGACAGGGACAGGGACAGGGAAAGAGAUAGGGAUAGGGACAGGGAUAGGGAUAUUUCUCCUCUCACUCGGCUCCAUAUGGGGCUAGGGUUAGAGACGUCUAAGGACAGCCUGCACAGGGUGGGCAUGGGCUUGGGUUUAGGACUGGAUAUUAAAGACAUGGAUGCCUCUCUGCGCCGCCGGCCUAAUAGCAGCAGCGGCGCCGCAACCGGCAUGGGUGGGGAAGGGGCAGAACUGCUGUCCGCAUUUUCCUCUCUGCCCUUCCGCACGCCCACUGAGAUGGACGAUUUCAGGCGGAAACUAGAGAGCAUGAGGCUUGACUUGGCUGGGAGAGGGCCGGGAAAGAGCUGGGUUGGGGGGGGAGGGGGAGGGGGCGGAGGGGGCGGAGCAGGGGGAGGGGGGGGAGCGGGAGGGGGAGGGGGAGGAGGGGGGAGUGGAGGGGAGGGCGUGGGGGGGAGGAAGGGGGAGAAGGCGUGGGGCCAGCACCUGGGGACGGUGAAGGAGGGCAAUGAGGAGAAGGGCGCCUAUGCGCGAAGGCUGCUCAACAGCCGGUGGCUCCCUGGGGAGUUCGGCAACGAAAUGGACGGGCUGUCAAAGGAAUCAAGCCAGCAGAACAGGUACGAUAGAACAGGUACGGUAGAACAGCAGUUUGGAUUCCAACGAGGAGGUGCAGCAGAUAGUCAAGAUGCGGGUGGAGAUGGAGAGGCAGGCUUCAGCAGCAUCAGCAGCAGCAGCAGCAUCACACGGGCCCUCCACUCGCCUAGGCAUGGGCAUGGGCAUGGGCAUGGGUAUGAGCAAGGGGCUAUCAGCCAUAGGUGCCUCUGCUGCUUCCUCCUCCUCUGCCUCUGUUGCUGCCGCUCGGCGUGCUGCAGUGCUGGACCGGGCUUUAGGGGGGAGUGGAGGGAUGGAGGGGAGGGCUAUGGAUGGGAGAGGAGUGGAGGGGAGGGGGGGUGCAGGGGAGGGUCGGGAUCGUUUUUUGAUACGGGGCAAAAGGUGAAGCAGAAGGCAGGCUCGGGUGCUGGUUCGGGGGUUGGUUCGGUGCUUGACGGGCCUACAGCAGCGACGCUUAGGAAAGUGUUAGAUGAUGACGAUGAUGACGAGGAGGAGGAGGGAGAGGAGGGAGAGGAGGAAGAGGAGGAAGAGGAGGAGGACGACGAGGAGGAGGAGGAUGGUGGGAGCGUUGUGGAUAGGAGCGUACACGCCCCCGUGUACAAAAGGGCAGCAACUGCUUCAAAAGUCUCGCGGGAGGAACUUUUUCACCUGCCCGUGCCGGAUCCCAGCCAGUACAAUCGUUCGCGAAGCGUGCCCAAGUCGCACGACCGACUAAAAGGGGGCAGAGGAGGAGGGGGUGAUGGGGGAGGGAUUAACUCAGCAGAAAAGGGCGAUCGCGGGGAGACGGGAGAGAGAGGAGAAAAGGGCGAGAGGGGAGAGAGGGGAGUGUUAAGCCGAGGGGGGAGCGCUGGAGGCCCCACAAAGACCCUAUUUCUUGAAGCGAGUGGCUCUACAGCGGGGAUGGACCUCUCUUUAUCGCCCCGAGGGGGGGACAGAGGCCUCGAAAGAGGAGGUGGGGGCGGAGGUGCGGGAGGGGGGGAGCGAGGAGCAGGGGCAGGAGGGGGGGCAGGAGGGGGCGCAGGGGGCGGUGUGCUGACGGUGUCGAAGCCGUGGAGCCCCCUGCCUCUCACAGCGGCCAACCCGAUGGGGGCAGCGAGAGGAGCCAAGUCAUUUACUGGGGGGUCGGCGUUUUUGGAAUCCCUGCCAGAAGAGGACAAGAAGCUGAUUCGCGGGUUCAAGGUGCUGGUAGUGGAGGACGACAUAGUCAACUGCACCAUCAGCCGGCAACUGCUGGAAACCCUCUCCUGUCGAGUCACCCUCACGCGCAACGGCCGUGACGCCCUGGACCUCAUGCGCGGGGGCACGGACCCCGAGCUGCAGGCGCAGGAGGCGGCUCUAGAAGCCGCAGGGGGCGCGCAGGACGGCGCGGAGGUGCCGCCGCAGUUUGACCUGGUGCUGAUGGAUCUGAACAUGCCGGUGAUGGAUGGCAUCAAGGCGGUGGAGCAGUUCAGGGAGUGGGAGGAGCUGGCUGAACCCAGACGGCAGGCCACUCUGAUAUUCGCAGUCACUGCUAAUGUCUCAGACGGGUACAUGGUGAAGUGCGCGCAAAAGGGUUUUGACGAGUUCCUGAGCAAGCCGCUGACACCGGAGAAGCUGCUCAACCGCCUCAGGGAAGUCUGCAGGCGACAAACCAUCCAUCGGGCACUCUGAGCAUUACCCUGUUAGAGUUAUAAAGAGUAUGCGAGUUAGCUGUGAAAGGGGAUUCAGGAUAUCUGGGGUCUCAUCUCAUGGUGUGGUAGGGUGUGGUGAUGCCUUCCUUUCAUUGGUCUUGAGUGGACCUACGUGUGUGAGUGAGCCUUGCUUCUAGUUCUCCAAUUGCUUAAGUGAGCUUUCACUUGCUUGUAAAUGCAUUACUAUAAGUCGUUUAAAUCAUUUCCAAGGAUUGUUGUGAUUG